AUUUCCCAUUUGAACUUUCCCUGUUUCGUUUUUUUUUUUUUACUUCGUCUCUGCAGAGGGAAAUCCCAAUCCGAGCGACAUGGAGACGGUGGAUGAACCAGUGGAGGAGUACAACUGGAGGGAGGUGUUGCUUCCUCAUCUGAUUCCGGUGGCGCAAUCGCCGGAGCUGGAGCGGGAGCCGGUCGGAGAGCGGCGGCGAGGACGUGACAUCCUGAUCGCCAUAGAUCAUAACCCUAAUAGCCGGCACGCCUUCGAUUGGGUGCUCGCUCAUCUAUGUCGCCUCGCUGAUACGAUCCAUCUCGUUCACGCCGUCUCGAAUGUGCAUAAUGAAAUGGUGUAUGAGAAGAGCCGGGAGCUGAUGGAGCAGCUGGCGGUGGAGGCCCUACAAACUGUUCUGGUGAAGACAGUUGCUCGAAUAGUUGAAGGCGAUCCCGGGAAGGUCAUCUGCAGAGAGUCCGAUCGUCUCAAGCCGGCUGCAGUUGUUCUCGGAACUCGCGGAAGGGGGAUAAUUAAAAGUGUUCUGAAGGGGAGUGUUAGUGAAUACUGCUUCCACAACUGCAAGUCUGCACCAGUCAUCAUCGUCCCAGGAAAAGAGGCCGGCGAGUCAUCAGUUAUCUAAAUUGAAGCACAACUUCUGAUGCAUCAUCAACAUCUGACUUAACGGUCCUGCUCUAGAAAUGUAAAACAAAAUGUUUUUUUUUUUUUUUUU